AUGGCUGCUCUCCUCCGCCUUGCCGUUCUCCUCCCCCUCGUCGCCGCCCUCCCUACAUCCCCCUCUCCCAUCGCGGCGCGAGCAAACCCCCACGAACCAGUCUUUUUCUCCUGGGACGCUGGCGCGGUUACCUCCUACCCCAUCCACUCCAGCUGCAAUGCCACUCAGCGCAGGCAGAUCGAGGCCGGCCUGGACGAGGCGAUCGAGCUCGCCCGCCACGCAAAGGCCCAUAUCCUCCGCUGGAGCAACGAGAGCGAGAUCUACCGGAAGUACUUUGGCAACCGGCCCACCAUGGAGGCCAUCGGCGCCUACGAUGUCAUCGUGAACGGCGACAAGGCCAACGUCCUCUUCCGGUGUGAUAAUCCCGACGGCAACUGUGAUCUGGAAGGCUGGGGCGGCCACUGGCGCGGAGAAAACGCCACCCACGAAACCGUCAUCUGCGACCGGAGCUACACCACCCGCCGCUCGCUGCUCACCAUGUGCGGUCAAGGCUACACCGUCGCCGGCUCCGAGACCAACACCUUCUGGGCCGCGGAUCUGAUGCACCGCCUGUACCAUGUGCCUGAUGUCGGACAGGGCCGGAUCGAGCACUUUGCCGACGGCUACGACGAGGUGAUUGCCCUGGCCAAGGGGAAUGGGACGGAGUCCACGCAUGACUCGGAAGCGUUGCAGUAUUUUGCGCUCGAGGCGUAUGCGUUUGAUAUUGCGGUGCCUCGUGUCGGAUGUGCUGGUGAGAGUCACAGCCAUGACCAUGGGCAUGACACCGGGUCUGCGUCUGCUACGUCUAGCUCUGGCUCUGUGGCCACGGCUACCCCGACGGAAACUCCCAGUGCGACCGCUGAUGUGCCGCCGAACUGCCAUACCCAUGAAGGUGGACAGCUUCAUUGCACUUAG